AUGGCCUCCUGCCACCGACGCUGGUGGCUGCGCUGCGGGCGCUCUCAGAGAUACCUCUUUCGUUUGAUUGAAGAGUCAGUUGCUAUGGCUAUUCAUUGUUGCCUGGGUGGCUCUCCUGCUGGAUUCCAUGUUACCUAUCUGAAAGAUCGACAUUUUUGCUUUUCCGUUGCCUCGAAGCAUGUGGGCUUGUUGGUUCUUGCUCUCAAGAGGAUUACCACUGGCCACUUUGACAUCUACUUCCACAUGUGGCGUGAUGGGGUGUCCUUGCCAAGUCUUCAACCUCAACCUGUUGAUCUCCACACAAGAAGUGCUCCCAUAACUAGAGUGUAUUACAGGAGAAAGUUUAAGGGCAAGGCUAAAGAACUCGAGAAGGCAACUAUUAGUGUGGAACUUUCGUCACAACAUGACGAAAACAUCUUACCUGCUUCCCCCAAAGAAUAUGUACCAGCUCACUCAACUGACAUUGCCAAUAUGGACAAGGGCAAAGACAAUGUGGCAAUGAAAAAGAAAUGUUGCACUCCUGUUUCCACUCAGAUGCUAAGAAGAAGCCCAAGGUUCAUCGAAAAGCUUAAUGGGUGUAAACCUACUAUCAUUUCUUCAAACAAGACAACAAAUAGAAACAAAACUAAGGGCAAGAAGAUCAAAUCACAAACUGAUCUUUUGGAUGACAUUCUUCUCCCUUUCACCUGUCAGACCAAUGAAUUCCCUGGGCUCUCUGUUAUUGAUAAAUAUAACAGUGUUGGUGCUACCUUUCCAGAAAUACCUAUUGCUAAAAUUCAGAGGGUGGCAACAGAAAUUUGCCGCAUCGCUCCUUUAGAGGUGACAGCGGACUUGCUCCUUACAUCAAGGCCUGAAGAUGAAGCAGGCCCAAGUAGGAGUGCUGAAAUCUAG